AUGACGAAUUCAAUCUCAACACCUCGAAAACCGAAUGUUAUUGGAUCUGUUCCAUAUAAUGAUGAUAUUCAUUCAAUAUCGUUAUAUUGUUCAAAAAAUUAUUUAUUACAUUUAAAUAUAGGACCGUUUUUUUUUCUUUACAUUCUUUGGUUUUCAAUAUGGACAUUUCACUUUGGACUUGGAGAUUAUCCCGAAUUAGGAAUGAUUAUCACUGUUAUCAUUGCAAUAUUACAAAUCAUAACUUGUCUUUUCUGUUAUUGGUUUGUUCAAAUACGUGCUUUUAUGCAAUGUACCCCUGAAAAAAGUCCAUGGAAAGCAGAAUUAGUUGUAGUGAAACCAACUGCUAAUAAUGGUUAUCCAGAAAUAGUACCAUUAUUACAUGGAAAAAAUCCUCAUGAUCAACGCAGCCAUGCAUGGUUUGUAUUUCAAAAAUGUCGCUAUAUCUAUGAUGAAAGUGAAAAGAAAACUUUUCAAACAAUUGAUUAUCCAUUAUCAAAUUCAUUUUCAUCAUAUCUUCAAUCAAAAGGUUAUCAAACACAAGACGAACUCGAUCAAGGAGUAUGGAAUUUUGGACUAAAUGCAAUGUUUAUUGAUAUACCCAAUUUUAUUGAUCUAUUUAUUGAACGAGCUACAGCGCCAUUUUUUGUCUUUCAAGUAUUUUGUGUUUUACUUUGGUGUUUAGAUGAAUAUUGGUACUACAGUCUAUUAACAUUAUUUAUGUUAAUCGUAUUCGAAAUAACUUUAGUACAACAACAAAAACGAAAUAUGGCAAUGAUUCGUCAAAUGGGUAAUCAGCCAUAUAAAAUAAGUGUUUAUCGCCAACGAAAAUGGAUUAAAAUCGAUACAACAGAUAUAUUACCAGGUGAUCUAUGUUCCGUUCUACGAAAUAAUGAGAAUAAUCCAUUACCUUGCGAUAUGUUACUAUUGCGUGGUCAAUGUAUUGUUGAUGAAUCAAUGUUAACUGGAGAAUCAAUACCCCAGAUGAAGGAGCCCAUAGAGAGUAUCGAUGAAAGUACAAUAUUCGAUUUAGAACGCCAUGGAAAAUUACACGUACUUUCAGCUGGCACUAAAAUUGUUCAACAUACACCACCUGCUAAAAUGCAAGGCGGCAUGAAAGCUGGCGACAAUGGAUGUAUAGCCUAUGCACUUCGAACUGGUUUCAGUACAUCGCAAGGAAAACUAUUGAAGACAAUUUUAUACAGCGUGAAACGAGUCACAGCCAAUAAUCUUGAAACAUUUUUAUUUAUAUUAUUUUUACUUAUUUUCGCUGUUAUUGCUGCAUCAUAUGUAUGGAUUGAAGGUACAAAAGAUCCAAAACGAAAUCGUUACAAAUUAUUUAUUGAAUGUACAUUAAUUUUAACAUCGGUUGUUCCACCAGAAUUGCCUAUUGAGCUGUCGCUGGCUGUUAAUACAUCAUUGAUUGCUUUAGUUAAACUACUUAUUUAUUGUACGGAACCAUUUCGUAUUCCAUUUGCUGGAAAAGUUGACAUCUGCUGUUUCGAUAAAACAGGAACAUUAACAAGUGAUGAUCUUGUCGUCGAAGGUGUUGCUGGAAUACAAGAUUCGGAUGAUCCAAUACCGUUAUCAAAAAUUGAUGUACAAUUACCUGUUAAACAAGUUCUGUUAACAUGUCACGCAUUAGCUAAUCUUGAUGGUGAUAUUAUUGGUGAUCCUUUAGAAAAAGCUACAUUAAAUGCUCUUGAAUGGACUGUGACACGUGGUGAUACAGUUGUACCAGUUAAAGGUCGAACUGGACGAUGGCAAAUAGUUCAACGUUUUCAUUUUCUAAGUGCAUUAAAACGAAUGUCAGUUAUUGCCGGACAAAGUUCAUCACAUUCAAACAAUGAAACAUCGUAUAUUGUUGCUGUUAAAGGAGCACCGGAAACACUUAAAUCAAUGGUAUGUUUUUAUUUAAAAAAAAAGUUCGUUUUUUCGUAA